AUGGCGUCGGCAUCUGCCAGCGUGGACUCCAAGGCAGAGCUGACUGCUCUACUGGAACAAUGGGAGCGGGAGCAGCAAGGCAGCACACAGGAGUUGGUGAACAUCCUCACCAAGUAAAUAGUUCUUCUCUUUUUUUGUUUAAACCUUUUAUAUCUGCUAAAUCAUAAUGCCGCAGUGGUUACACGGUGGUGUGUGAUUUAAAGGGGGUCAAUGUGCUUUUUCUCUGUGUCUUUUAGGAUCUCAGAGCUUGUUGAAAAAGAGACAGAAGAGUACCAUAAAGCAGACCCGGACCCUUUUGAUGAUCGACAUCCUGGUAUGAAAAAAGAUAUAUGAUAUUGUAAAAUUAUCAGGGAUUUAUACAAGGAGUAUGUUUUUGACGUUUCCCUUUUGGCCACCAGGGAGAGCUGAUCCAGAAUGUGUUCUAGGGCACCUGCUCAAGAUCCUGUUCAAGAAUGAUGACUUUAUGAACACAGUAAGAGACUGAAUGGAGACUUAAUUCACUCCAAAUUCAAGGCAGCUUUAAGCAUCUGAGUCAGAAAGUAACUAAAAUUUCUCCUUUUUGUAGCUGGUGAAUAGUUAUGUCAUGACCAGUCGGGAGUUUUCCCUGAAUGCAGCAGCUUGUCGCCUGCUCCAGAACAUCAUGCCUGGGCUGGAGACAGCUGUGGUCUUCCAGGAGAAGGUGGGUCAUCCUUCAUGAUGUAGAAAAAUACACUUAAGGGGUCAAAGGUAAAUAAAGUAUGUUUUGUCAUUGAUAAUAGGAGGAGGGAAAGAAAGGAUGCUCAAGAAAACUAAAAAUGAGACUAUAUGAUUUGGUAACGUCCAUAAGUUCUGCUAUCUGUGAGUCAGUGUUAUGUAAAAAAAUGAAAAACACAACAAAUGUAGGAAACCAUAGACGACACUGGUGGUUUGAAAAUGUUCUUCUGCUUGUUUGCUCACAGUCCAGCUUGCAGGUUAGUCACACUUUGACCUCCACUCCCUGACACCUGAUUCCAGGAUAUGUAUAAACCUUCACCUGUAUUCGUCUGUUUUUAUUGUUACAAAGACCUGUUUUAAAGGAGGAGUUGAAUGGAUAAACUUAAUAUAACCUUUGACAUGCUCCUUAUUUGCUUGGAAAAACAAAAACUUGUUCAGCAACAUAACUGAAUUUUUUAAACUUCUAAACCUACUUUCCUUUUUCCUUUGUUUGUCUGCCACAGGAGGGCAUAGUUGAAAGGCUUUUCAAGUGGGCUCAGGAGGCCGAGCAGCCCCUCAGGAUCUAUGCCACAGGAUUGUUGGCUGGAGCCAUGGAGAACCAGGACAUUGCAGCCAACUACAGAGAGGAGAACUCUGUUCUGGUCAGUGUGGGUUAUCUGUGGUCUCAAACGUGUGUUUUAUUUUCGUGAAACACAGACGUCUACAGUGAUUUACAAAGCACUCCAACAAACAACAAUUAAAGUUGUGCAAAGACUCCGAGCACUUUGCCCCCACAAGGAGACUUUAUUAACUCGCAGCUUUCUUAUCAACUCGUUUUUCAUGCUUUUCUUGACAGGUGCCUUUGAUGCUGCAUCGCUUGCGUGAGCUUCAGGAUAAGGAUGCUGAGAACAAAAGGGAAAUCAAACGGCCCAGCCCUAGGAAGAUCCUUGGUGAGCCUUUGCUUCCUUUGGAUGAGGAGACCAUUGACGGAGGCUUUGAAGACAAGCCUUUCACACUGGGCAGAAACGGAGCAGAAAGGGAGGGGACAGGGACGGAGGAGGACAGCGAUAAACCCCUCUCAACCAUAGAACCUGAAAACGAGCUCUCUUUCCGUCUAAACUCCCCUCACAAGACCAGCAGCCGCGCCAACUCGGCUGUUAAAACCAUGAUGAAGCCCAUGUCUGCCCCCGGCUCGCUGAGUCAUCAAGGCAUGUCGGAUGGCGGCAGUUACCUGAGAAGGAAGGCGGAGAGGGACAGCGGCAGGAUCUCCAAGCAGAAGCUGAAUUUCUCCUUGCCAGAUCCGGAGAGGAACUUCAGUGAGCUCUCAAACAGCAGCUGGUCUGAGAUGAGCCCCUGGGUGAUCGGGAACAACUAUCAUCUCUACCCCCUGACCCCAGAGAUUGAGCAGAGGCUCAUCCUGCAGUAUCUCACCCCUCUGGGAGAGUAUCAGGAGGUAAAUGUCACUUGCAGCACAAUCGAGGGUCACUUUGAGCUGUUACUUCCCAUGUCCUGUCAAAUAAUUACCAGCAGAUGUCAGUCUUCUUCAAGUUUUAUGAAAAGAUGGUUUUCCUCUGAUGCAGUGAAGAAAUAGGCUCAAAGAAAUACCCUGCGUAUUUUUGUUUAAUACAAAAAAAAGUCUUUUUUUUGUGUUUUUUAAAGUUGAUUCUUUGCUGUUUAAAAGGCUGUAAUGUUUUCUUGAUGAUUAUUCUUUCUUCUACAUGCAGCUUCUGGCCGUGUUCAUGCAGAUGGGAGCUCGUGAGCUGCUCAUGCAUUACAUGGAUCUAAAACAGACCAAUGAUGUGCAGCUCACCUUCGAAGCCCUCAAGGUGAGAGCUCUCUCCUGCAGUUCACUCUCCACAGCAAACAAAAGUUGAAGCGUUUUUGCCUCACUGUUGUUUGUUUUCUCUCUCUCUCUCUCUCUUCUGCAGUACCUGGCGUCUCUGCUGCUGCACAAGAAGUUUGCUGCAGAGUUUGUGGCUCAUGGAGGGGUUCAAAAGUUGCUGGAAAUCCCACGGCCGUCGAUGGCAGCUACUGGAGUGUCACUGUGCCUCUACUACCUUGCCUAUAACCAGGACGCCAUGGAGAGGGUACAAAACAGACAUACAUGCAAAUAAAAUAAAUAUUAAUGACCAUAUUUGUGCUCUUUUUGAUUACAUUUUUGCAUAAAAACACACAUAAAUUCAGGAACUCAUCUUGACAGUAAUUUCAAAAUACCCUCUGUGUUAUGACUCCAGAUUUCAUCAGUGUUACACACCUUUUGUUGCAAAGCACAUUUGUAUUCACUGGUAUGUCUUCUUUCCUCAAGGUGUGCAUGUUGCCCCACUCCAUCCUGUCAGAUGUGGUUGGUUACACGCUGUGGUUGCUGGAAUGCUCACACGCGUCGGGGUGCUGCCACGCCACCAUGUUCUUCUCCAUCUCCUUCUCGUUCCGCGCCGUCCUGGAGCUCUUCGACAAGCAGGACGGGCUCAGACGCCUCGUCAAUCUGGUGAGACAAACCAGCGCUCGCCUUUCUAUCGCAGGAUAAAUCACGGCAAAUGCAGUAUUAAAGUAACAGUGCGACUUCACCUUGUUCUCAUCCUGUAUUUACAAGUGAUACGAACUGAUUGUUUACAGAUCAGCACCCUGGAGAUCCUGAACCCUGAUGAUCAGGGAGCGCUGCUGAGUGAUGAUGAGAUUUUCUCAAGCAGGCAAACAGCCAAGCACACCUGCAUGGCCCUGCGCAGGUACUUUGAGGCCCAUCUGGCAAUCAAGGUGGAGCAGGUGAAGCAGUCCCUUCAGCGCACAGAGGGGGGCGCCCCCAUCCAUUCCCAACCUUACUAUAAGGUAUGAAUAGCGCAAAGGAUAAGUGAGAAAGACAUUGUUGCUAAAUAGGUUUUAAUGUCCCAAACAAGUUUUCUGAUUGGUUGUUCUGAUCAUGAUUUAACCGCUCUUGUCUUGUUCUCCAGGCGGUCAGCUACAGUCGUGAGCAGGUGGUGGAAAUGAUGGAGUUUCUUAUUGAGUACGGUCCACUCCGACUGUACUGGGAACCAGCAGAGGUCUUUCACAAGCUGUCAUGCGUUCAGCUCCUCCUGCAGCUUAUUUCAAUUGCGUGUGACUGGAGGACCUACUAUGGCAGGUAUGAACCAGGCAGUAAAUCUCCGCUUUUACUGCUUUAGCUCAUAUCCUUUUCUCUUUUUAACGAGCGGAGUAACGAGCAGCGCUUAAUCCCAGUGUCUGAUAUCGAGAUUGUUCCUCUCGCCCUGUAGGAGUGAUACAGUGCGUUAUGCCCUUGACAUCCUGAGUAUCCUCACAGUCGUUCCAAAGACCCAGCUGUUGCUGUCUGAGGCUGUUGCUGUCCUUGAUGAGGGAGGGUCCAGUGUUUCUACUGUCGGUAGGUCUAAUCAGAAUAUGACACAAUUUCAGCCUGUGUAAUGUAAUGAAAAUAUCAGCUAUCAGGCCUUAUUCACAGGGUUCCUACACAGUUGGAAUUUCCGUACUUUUCCGUACCCUUCUUUUUCGAGUUAUUUUUGGAAAUACCUAUUUUUUUAUUUUAGACAACUGUGGUAAUAGUAUGGACACAUCAAUAUUUUUCCAUACUUCAUUUUUCAUUUUCCAUACUUUUUAAAGGGAUAUUCCGGCACAAAAUUGAUUCAGGGUCAAACACACUGUAACACCGAGUUAGACACCCAAAUUCACCAACUUUAGUAACGACCGCAUCAUAGCAAUACACAGCGGUCUCAGGAGCCACACACAAACCUCAACCAAAACGCCACUCUAUAGCCACAAAUAAUGCUCAGAACAGCACCUAACUUCAUCAACAGUACAUAUAGAGUCCCAGCCACAGCACUAGCCACCAAACAUCUGUUUAACUUUGCCUGAUUUCUUUAACAAAGAGUCUAAACACAACUCACCUACUCCCUUCCAGCAGUCGCUUGUUUGUAGUGAGACCUCGACCAGUCCAUUACAGACUGCUGCGGGGUGCCGCAGCUCAAGGAAAAACAUUUAUGAUCAUUAUUUUAUCAUUUCAUUGAAGUAAUAAUCAUCAUAUUAAUCAUUUUGCACUGCAGACGAGGUAGUUCUUCUGCCUUAGCGCCUCAGUCUGAUUGCAUUUCGAUGAAGAAUUAUUUAAUUUUACGCCGGAAUAUCCCUUUAAGACCUGGUAAUUGAUUACAUCUAUUUCCAUACUUUCCAUACUUUUGUGGGAACCCUGUAUUCAAAUUUUUGCAAAUACGGAUUCUGAAAUAAAUCACUUAGUUUUAUUUAUAUUAAACAAAAAUGCUAAACUGCUAAAAGUGGAGCAGCAUUGCAUCAGAAAUCACAUGAAAAAAUUAGGAUCAGUGAUCCUACUACUAGCCAUUGUUAGUAGUAGCAGACAGAAGCUUUGUAGUUUCACUUUUGUUUGUUUCAUACAGCCUGUGCCCAGUCCCGCUGAGGGAAUGGCACAACUUCAAGUAAUAUUUCUCUGCGAGGUUUUCCAUUUCAGUGUCCACUCUUUUUCCCUCUAAGGAAUGAGUAUUAUCCUGGCGGUGGCAGAGGGAGAGGUGUUUGUGAAUGAUGCCGAGAUUCAGAAGUCGGCUCUGCAGGUCAUCAUCAACUGUGUCUGCGCUCCAGACAAACGCAUGUCCAGCAUUGGCAAAUUCAUCGCGGGAACCCCCCGCCGCCGCCUGCCCCAGCAGACCAAAGCCAGCGAGAGUGUGCUCACCAAGAUGUGGAAUGUGGUGCAAUCCAACAACGGCAUCAAGGUAGAGUUAACUUUCACCACUUAGCAUGUGUUUUGUGGUUUUUACAUUCUAACGUCUGUUUUUGACAUUUUGAUAUGAAACCUCAAAGGCUUUUAUAGUCGUUCUGUAAGACGGGCUGUUUUCAGCUGUGACAGUGGCUGAAAGGCACAUUGCUGCUUUGUGACAGCUCUUGCUAAGUGCUGCGGCAGUAAAUGGACUGGUUAUAAAGUGCCUUUUUUCUCGGGAACAGUGCACAUUUUUAAACACUUUUUUCAAAGCCUCAAAUUCACAAUCUAUGAACUGGAAGACACAUUCCUGCACACAAGGAGACCUAGGAUUCAGAUAUUGCAGAGGGGAUACUAGAUGAUAUACAUGCUGAUUCACAGGCAAAUAGACAUGAUGUGGUGCUAUUUUCUUAUCAACAUCAGAAAAGAAAAAUUUAUCAGGCAGAGGAAUUUUGUGACUAAAUCUUGAUUUGCUGAACAAUUAUUAUGCUAAGAGGCUCUUAGACUGGAGGUCUGGAGGUGACACAAACAUUGGAUCCAAAACAAAUAUUAACGCUCGUGAUUAAAUGCCUUGUUGGUUCUGUAAAUGUAGUCGUAUCACCAAAGUAAAGUACUUGCACAAAACAGAGCCUUUUAGUCGGAUAUGUCAUCAGUGUUGGCUGUGACCCCCAAUUUCCACCGCAUCUGGAGCGGCUGCGAAAACGCCGUACGCGCCUAUCGCAGCUGAUCGUUUCCGUUCAAGUUAAUGUGUCGAUUUCCACCGGCUUCUUUCUGUUCUGCCGCAGUUCAGCGGACUCUGCAGCCGAUCGCCAAAGUUCUAUUUUAUCCGGACGCAGCAGCAUGCCGCGUAAAUUCAGCACAGAUUAGCGCGUGCUAGAAAGUCAGGCACAGACACAAAAUAAAACAUCGGGCUUCUUUUCAGAAUAAAACACUACAUGUUUCAGGCGGAUUGUAUUUUACACCAUGCAAACAGGCAGAGAUGAACAAGUGAAAGGUUUUUAGACAGCAUUUCACCUCGUUGACAUCACGGAUGAGGAGAUGCUGAUUCUAGAAGUCUAGAAGUGGAUUUCCUCCUCUGGAAGGACACAAUCUACUGCUUAUAUGGUUAUGUGGCCGUUUUUUUUAUUGAGACAACUCAUUAUCGCGCAAUUGCAUGUGAAUCUGCGGGUUCUUGUGAGUUCUCGUGUUUUCCGCUGUCCUUAAUCCGCCAUGAAAUUUGCCUCACAAACGCAUCCGGCAGGAAUUGGCGGACAAUCGGUGCCAUUCCAUAGCAGAGCUGUCCCGGAUGCGGUGGAAAUUGGGGUUGAGACUUUAGGGGAACCACGUCUCUUCUGGAUCUUACAGAAAGAUUGUGAUUUCCUCAAAUAUUUUAAUAAUUCAGAGUCAUUAAUGACCGUCCAAAUUUCUUUCUACAUCCACGGCCUCUACCAGUCAGCACACUCUGUCAGCCUUUGUUUUUUUAAUACCCAUUCUGCAUCCAUCCUGUAGGUGCUGCUGUCUCUGCUGACGGUGAAGAUGCCCAUUACUGAUGCAGAUCAGAUCCGAGCUCUGGCCUGUAAGGCUCUAGUGGGUCUGUCUCGCUCCAGCACCGUCAGACAGAUCAUCAGCAAGCUGCCUUUGUUCAGCAGCGGACACAUCCAGCAGCUCAUGAAGGAGCCCGUGCUCCAGGACAAACGCAGCGAGCACGUCAAGUUCUGUAAGUUUGCAGCCGAACUCAUAGAGAGGAUCUCCGGGAAACCGCUGCUGAUCGGCACGGACGUGUCUUUGGCGUGGCUGCAGAGAGCCAGCGUGGUCGCUCAGUCCAGGAUCAGCUUCCCUGAGAAAGAGCUGCUGCUGCUCAUCAGGAACCACCUUGUUGCAAAAGGUCUUCACAGUACCGCCACCACGCUCACGAAAGAGGCGGACCUUCCCAUGUCUUGUCUGUCUCAUUCAACUCCUGGGUUUCCUCCUGUCGCUCCUCCUGUCCCUGCAUCCCCCGUUGCUACUCUCCCUCGCACCCCACGGCUUGCUAACGGUGUCGGCUCAAGACUCGCGAACCACCCCCCUCAUUCAUCCACCCCAGGACCCAGCAAUCCACAACCACGUCCCUGUCCAUCCCAGCCCACUGUGUCCUCCACAUCUUCUUCUUCUUCUUCUGCUGCUGCUGCUGCUGCUCUCCCCUCAACAUCUGUCCCCCACUGUAGCAACGGCUCACCUCUGAUUGGACGGAUUGUUUUCUCUCGUGAACGGCAAACAGGGUGCAGCGCCGUAACAUGUAAAAAACCGCGGGUGCUGAGGCAGAAGUCUGACCACGGGGCGUUCAGCCAGAGUCCAGCCAUGAAGAAACAGUUUGAUAGACACCUGCCCUCCCCUCCUGCGUUGGACAGCAUCAUCACAGAGUACCUGAGGGAACAGCACGCACGCUGUAAAAACCCUGUGGCAACAUGCCCGCCUUUCUCUCUUUUCACACCCCAUCAGUGCCCAGAGCCCAAACAGAGACGCCAAGCACCCAUCAACUUCACAUCCAGACACACACGGCGAGUCAUUUAUCCCAAAUACGGAGGAGUGGAUGGAGGUUGUUUCGACAGACAUCUCAUCUUCAGCAGGUAGGAGGCUUUGUUAGAGUCAGGCCUCCUUCCUUGAACACAAACACGACGCCCCCGAAACCAUUUCUGUACACUCUCUCUCUGUCAUUUUCCCAGGUUCCGUCCCAUCUCCGUGUUCAGGGAGGCAGACGAGGACGAGAGCGGAUUCAUGUGUUGUGCCUUCUCAGCUCGCGAGCGGUUCCUGAUGCUCGGGACCUGCACGGGGCAGCUCAAACUCUACAAUGUGUUUACGGGCCAGGAGGAAGCAAGCUACAGCUGUCACAGUUCAGCCAUCACUCAUCUGGAGCCUUCACGGGUCUGUAAAACAAAACAAAAAACUUUAUAAAUGUAUUUAUAAUGCGUUAUAAUCACGUUAUUAUGACGGAGUAUUAGGGCCACAUUAAGAAAAAAAAAAAAAAAAAAUUAAGACUUCGUAAUUACUUAAGAGAAUAAAGUCAUAGUAAAAUCAUUACUGACGAGAAUAAAGUCGUAGCUAGUAGCUAUUCUAAUCUGUUGUUAGUUGUUUAAAUGAGCGCUCUGGAGCAUUUAGGCAAAUUGAACUACAGUAGCAAGGUUUCACAAACAAGCAAAUCCUUUGGCGUUUCAGCAUCACAUUGUCACAAUUAUCAGGACAUAUGCAAGAAAUGCGUCUUUCUCGCAGAGGGAUACAGGCGGAUUUGGAGGGAAUCGCUGUUUUUGACGAGAGGGAAAUGGCUGGGCAGAGGCUAAAUCCCUCAAUAGCAGUAGCAAUAGCAUAUGGCUUUAGUUUAUGGUAUCAAUCUAUAUGCCGUAAGGUGUUGGUGCCGGUGUUGUGCCGGCAUCCAAGACAGACGCGGUGCUUGUCGGAGCUCGACUUCCUCUGAGUCGCAAAAGUUGAUCAUCAGUUGGAUUGUUUCUUGAGAAACCACAAAAGCUCCAUGAAUGGCCCACUGAUGCACCCACGGAUAACUCUGCAGUUGACCAGUUCCAGACAUUUCCUCCUCCACAAAAGCAGCUUUAAGACUUCAUUUACUUUACGACUUUAUUCUGGUAAAUAAUGAUUUUACUACGACUCUAUUCUCAUAAGUAAUGAUUUUUCUUAAUGUGGCCCUAAUACUCCAUCAUACGUUAUAGCUCUGUAUAAGUAUAGUUAUAAACACUUAUAACAACAGUUGCGUUGCAUUAUCUAUGUGGGCAUUGUCAGUGAGUUGUUAACAGUUAUGAGACAUUAUAAUACCUGACCUUGUAAGUCAUGAUAAAAUGCUUUAUAGUGUGUUAUGAUUAUUGUUAUAAAGCAUUACGAUCAUUUAUGAGUGUUUAUAACUAUACUUACACAGUGAUAUAACGUGAUUAUAACACAUUAUACAUAUAUUUGUAAUGCGUUAUAGGGAUAGACAUCAUAUAAAGUGUUACCAAAAUCUGUCUUUAAAGCUGAGGAUUUGAAUCCUUAAACUGUCAUAUUUUGUAUUUUUAGGACGGCUCUCUGCUCUUAACAUCAGCCUCCUGGAGUUACCCUCUGUCUGCACUGUGGGGCAUGAAAUCAGUCUUCAUCAUGAAGUAGGUGGCGUUUGAUUUUUAACGACUGCAUAAAAAAUUCAUUCUUUCAAAUAGAAAUCUGAAAUAUUCAAGUAUCUGGAGUGUGUCAUUGCCGGUAUGUGCAACACAACUUCUGCCUCAGUGUAGGCUGUCAAUCAACAGUCAAGCUGAACUGAACGUAUGUGGAUAAGCUGAGAAUACAGCAGCUUUAUUCUGCCAAAGACAGAGGGGAAGGGAGGAUGCUGUUUAAUUAUGAACGCUUACAGCCUGAGGCCUGCAGUCUACAGUUCAGAAGACACAAGUGUUUUCCUUCAUUCAUCGGCGCAGUUUACUGAGGCAAUACUGAGAAUCUCCUGAUGUGGAUUUUUCCUAUAAUGUCUCGAAUCAGCCGAACUUUGACACUCCUGCUGUGUGCGUGUGUGUGUUUAUGUUUUUGAUGAAAUGUUCAAAUAAUGCUCUUGUUGUUGUUGUUGUCCUCAGGCACUCUUUCCUAGGCGACCACUAUGUGGAGUUCAGUAAGCUCUCACAGGACCACGUGAUUGGGACGAAAGAACAUGUUGCACGUGUAAGCAUGUCAAGACUUUUUCCUCCGAAUUAUAUAUAUAUAUGUAUAUGUUCAAUUAUAAAUGAUAAAUGCUUACAUGCAACUCUCAUCUCCUCCAGAUUUAUGACAUCCAAACGGGUCAGGUGACUCUCACUCUGAACAACCCUGAUUUGGCCAACAACUAUAAGAGGAACUGUGCCACCUUCAACCCCACAGACGACCUGGUGCUGAACGACGGCGUGCUGUGGGACGUUCGCACGGCUCAGGCCAUCCACAAGUUUGACAAGUUCAACAUGAACAUCAGCGGCGUGUUCCACCCGAACGGCCUGGAGGUCAUCAUAAACACAGAGAUUGUAUCCUUGAACUUCAAACUUCAAAAGCUGAUAAGAGUCGAGUACAGUAGGAAUUAGCCUUAAAGUUUAUUUAUAACAAGGAGCAUUUUCUAGAGAGGUUAACCAACACUUUAUAUCUGCUAACAUUGCAGAUAAACAAAUACAGGUUGCUACAUGAAACUGCACUGAGUGGUUCAGGCUAGGGCUGGGCGAUAUGGCCUCAAAUCAGUAUCACGAUAUAUUGAGUAGUUCACCUCGAUAACGAUAAAUUGACGAUAACUACUCCACAAGCCGUUCACCCCCUCCCACAUUAACUUCGUCUUCUUCAGCCGCUACAACUUUUAAACCGUCCUCCAUCUCCUCACCUGUCUUUCCCUCCUUGUUACAGACUCCUGCGUCUUAAAAGGACAUAAGACCGUAGCUUAGCUACACACAUCGAAAACCAACUUCUAUUUAUUUAUUUUUUUGACACCGAAUAUCUUGACAUGGACAAAAUGUCGGUUAUUGUCAUAAAUUUCGGUAUCGGUAAAUUUUCGGUUUAUCGCCCAGCCCUAGUUCAAGCUGACAAGUGGGUACUAGGUAGAUAAAGGCCAGUCUUAGGUCCACUUCUUUACCUGACUGACCAAAAGCUUUGGUAAAUACAGCAUAACAUCUCUUCAGUAACAAUCUGGUGACAACACUGAGACUACAUCUAUGUUUUACACAGUCUGAAGUGUUCAUCUCUCAAGUUUGCUGCUGAGAUUUAAGUUAAAGAUAAAUUAAAUGUAAAAAAAAAAUUGACCUGGGCUUAAAUUUGGCUACACUUUGGAAGAUGUCAUUUGUAUCAGCUCCAGUGAUAGGACGAUUAUUGAGCUUUUACUUCACAGCCAAACAUUAAAUAUUUAUUGCAGUAAAAAUUGAUUUUUGCUUCCCUGGAGAUGGUUUUAAAGGCUCUGUAAUAAAAUGCAUUAAAUGUAUUUGAUACAAGUGGAAAAUGAGGACUGCGGUGGACCUUAGUUUCAGUUUCAGUGGGAUCUGAGGACCUUCCACCUUCUCCACACAGUACCAGCUCUGGACCAGUGCAGAAUAGUCUUCAACAACAACGGCACCGUCAUCUAUGGAGGUAAAGCCGCUGAAUGAUGGGUGAUGUGGAGUGUUUGGCGUCAAGCCCGUAACCGGCUCCACAGUCGGUGUGAGUGUGUGAAAGGUGUGUCUGAUAUGAGGGCUUUUAGUUAUGAAGCGAAAUGAGCAUGUGCGUAUUUAGAGACAGAGAGGUGUGAACAGGGCGCAUAGAGGUGUGUGUGUGUGUUUGUGUGUGUGUGAUACCACAGUCACUCUGAAAGCCAUAUGGGCAAAAGCCUCAGCGUUGGACUGGCAAAAGAAGGAACCAGCUGGUUUAAGCCGCUUCACAGGGCGAGCCCUCGGCGUGCCAUGAUGAUCGCCCAGAUGAAAGCAAAUUCGACUGAUUCUCUACUCUGCUCUGUGUUUUUCCAGCAAUGUUGCAGGCUGAUGAUGAAGACGACAUGAUGGAGAUGCAGAUGAAAAGUCCAUUCGGUUCAUCGUUCAGGACCUUCAAUGCUACAGACUACAAACCGAUCGGUAAGGCUGUCAGCUCUCUCCUAAUUUUGACUGGUGUUUUGAUGAGUCUUCGGCUCUUGUUGUUGAUUUCUAGAAAUUCACUUUUGACUCAAGUUCUUUGCUGUUUCCUUUUUUUUUUUUUUUUUAGCAACAAUCGAUGUCAAGAGGAACAUAUUUGAUCUUUGCACUGAUACCAAAGACUGCUACCUGGCUGUGAUUGAGGUCAUUUCCUGUCUUCAUGGCUUUAAAAUGCAGUAUUUUUAAAAUGAGUUUGAAAAACUUCAGUUUAAUUAAAAAAUCUUCCUGUUUGUCGUGUAGAACCAAGACUCUGUAAACACCGACACGGUGUGCAGGCUGUAUGAAGUUGGCCGUCAAAGGCUAGCUGAGGAAGAGGAGGAAGAUGAAGAGGAUCAGGUAUCUUUUUUUCAAUUGCUCUGUUUUAGUUUUUUUGACCUUAACUGCUGAGAAAAAAUUAACUCUACCUUUUUUUCCUUUUGUGUGUCAGGAGGACGACGAUCAGGAGGAAGAUGACGACGAUGACGAGGAUUCAGACGACGACGUCGACACGGAUCCUCUCAUCGCCGAGCUCGAGAACGAGAACGGUGGAGAGGACGAAGACGACGAAGAAGAAGACGAUGGAAAUGACGAAUUUUCUCCAUCCGAUGAAGAGGUGGCGCGUCUUCUCGAAGAUGAUGUAGAUGCCGGAGAUGAUGAGGACGAGGAGGAUGACAAUGAUGAUGACGACUCGGAUAAUGAUGAUGUUGAUCUGGACGGGGACAACGGUGAGUGACUCUGAACCUGAACGAAGAUUUCCCAGAGUAGUCAUUCAUUCUUAAACAAUUAUUGUGCGCUUUAUUUUCAUCAAAUCGAUUUUGAUUCUUUUCAGAGGGAAGUAUUUGAAUUUAUAAAUCUCAGCUCUUGUCUCUUGUAAUGCAUCUGACACACUGCAUGCAGGUGGAGGCUAAAUUAAUGAUUAGCCACAAAUACUGAUCAUAGUUUUGCUUUCAUUUUAAGUAAGCGCGAACUGUGGAGCAACUUUUUGUUUAUGCAAAAGGAAUUAAUCCCUUUCUGAAACCUUAUCUCUGACUGCAGAGUUAGAGAAGGCUGCAGUUUGGUCCAGUUGUUGUGUUUUUGUGUCUGUCUGUUCACUCUUAAGAAACUGUUCCUUCCCAGUUGAAUUAAAAACUGCUGUGUAGGUUUAUUCAUGCCGGCGAGAGACGGAGAAAGCGAGAAUUUAUGGGCGAAAAUAAAUGUACUGCUCUUUCACAUUUUGCCAAACCUGCACUGUAUUUUGCCUUUUUGGCAGUUUUGCUCCUGACCCACUGACCCCUGCUGCAACACAUUUCUAAAUCUGCUUUGUCUAUCGCGCAAACAGACAGCUCCGACAACUCUGACCUUGAGGAUGACAUCAUAUUAUCCCUGAACGAGUGA